CCGGAAAGGUCCGCAUUCCUUCCGCCUUUCUCCAGGAGACCAAGCGCGAGGAGGGCGGGUUUCUGGCAGUCCCCACCCCCAUGGACUCUGAUUCCAUCUCUCAUUGGCUAAUCUGAGUGCCGGUCGCUCCUCCGUCCGCCUCCGAUUGGCCAAGUCUCCGCCGCUCUGCGCGGCGCCGGCUCCGCCCCCGUCGGGUGUUUGUGGUGGGGCUGCGGAGUCGCCAAUCCCGCCGGAAGCGCCAGGACAAUGGGGACCCGGGACGACGAGUACGACUAUCUAUUCAAAGUGGUGCUCAUCGGGGACUCGGGCGUGGGCAAGAGCAACCUGCUGUCGCGCUUCACCCGCAACGAGUUCAACCUGGAGAGCAAGAGCACCAUCGGCGUGGAGUUCGCCACGCGCAGCAUCCAGGUGGACGGCAAGACCAUCAAGGCACAGAUCUGGGACACGGCCGGCCAGGAGCGCUACCGCGCCAUCACCUCUGCGUACUACCGCGGCGCGGUGGGCGCCCUGCUGGUCUACGACAUCGCCAAGCACCUGACCUACGAAAACGUGGAGCGCUGGCUGAAGGAGCUGCGGGACCACGCCGACAGUAACAUCGUCAUCAUGCUGGUGGGCAACAAAAGCGACCUGCGCCACCUGCGGGCUGUGCCCACCGAUGAGGCCCGGGCCUUUGCAGAAAAGAACAACCUGUCCUUCAUUGAGACCUCGGCCUUGGACUCCACCAACGUGGAGGAAGCCUUCAAGAACAUCCUAACAGAGAUCUACCGCAUCGUGUCGCAGAAGCAGAUCGCCGACCGCGCUGCCCACGACGAGUCCCCCGGCAACAACGUGGUGGACAUCAGCGUGCCGCCCACCACCGACGGACAGAAGCCCACCAAGCUGCAGUGUUGCCAGAGCCUGUGACCGGCCAGCCCCUGCGUCCCCGCGUGCGUGCACGGCCUCCUCCUGUCCUCAGCCCGGCCCCUCCCCGGCCCUGCCCAGCGAGCUCCUGCCCGGCCCCUUGCCUGUGGAUGGAUGGAUGGAUGGAGGAGGGGUGGGGACAGAAGGAACAGC